UGUCUCCCUUAUUUUUCCAAAAUGGCGUCCACCGGUAAGGAUGGAAGUGAUAAAAACAACAAAUACGAUCGACAGCUCAGAUUGUGGGGUGAUCAUGGACAGGCUGCCCUCGAGUCGGCCAGGGUUUGUCUUGUCAAUGCUACAGCCACUGGUACAGAGAUCCUGAAGAACCUCAUCUUACCUGGUAUAGGUUCCUUUACAAUAGUUGAUGGUCACAAAGUCCAGGGGGAAGAUGUGGGCAACAACUUCUUCCUUACGAAAGAUUCGCUGGGCGAGUCACGGGCCAAGGUAGCUACAGAGCUGUUGGGCGAGCUGAAUCCUGAUGCUACAGGCGACUUUGUGGAAGACCAUCCAGAAAAGCUUCUUCAGUCCAAUCCAAGCUUCUUCAACACAUUUACCCUGGUGAUUGCUACAAACCUGUGUGAAAGGACUUUACUGCAACUGAGUAAACAGCUGUGGACCAACAACGUACCCCUGUUGGUGUGUCGCUGUUAUGGGUUUAUUGGCUACAUGAGACUGGCAGUGCGGGAACACACAGUGAUCGAGUCCCACCCUGAUAACACCCAUGAAGACCUGAGGUUAGACCGCCAGUUUGAUGGACUUGUUUCAUACUGUGAUUCACUGGACCUUGACUCGAUGAAUAAAAAGGACCACUCCCAUACACCAUGGCUGGUCAUCCUCUACAAGUACCUCCAGGUGUGGAAACAACAGCACAAUGGUGAAGCUCCAAAAAACUACAAGGAAAAGACACAGUUCAAAGAGCUUAUCAAGCAAGGUAUACGUAAGAAUGAAGAAGGAGUUCCCGAGGUAGAAGAAAAUUUUGAUGAGGCAGUAAAGAGCGUUAAUACAUCUCUUGUUGCCACUAACAUCCCAAGCAAUGUCAAGAGUCUGUUUGAGGAUCCCUGCUGCAAGCAGUUAAACUCUGAUAGCAAACCUUUUUGGAUCCUUGUGCGAGCAAUCCAACAGUUCGUGGAAGGGGAAGGCAAAGGGGCACUCCCAGUGCGAGGCACCAUUCCCGACAUGACGGCGGACUCGGAACGUUACAUCCAGCUCCAACAGGUUUAUAGAAACCAGGCGGCAGAGGACGUCGCCAUAGUUACCAACAAAGUGCACGACCUGGUGCAAUCUCUAGGACGGGGUGGGCCUACCAACAUCGCUCCACCACCGGAGUCACCAACUGAUCCAGGCAUUUCAGAACAAGAUAUCAAGUUGUUUUGUAAGAAUGCAGCCUUCCUGCGUGUGGUGCGAUGUCGCAGUCUAGAGGAGGAAUACAACAGCGCCACAGCACAGAGUCAGGAAAUAGAGUCGCACAUUGCUGACGAGGAUAGUGAUGACGAAGUGGUGUUUUAUGUCUUGCUGCGGGCAGUAGAUAAGUUUUACGAGGAGUUUAAUCGCUUCCCUGGCUGGUACAAUGACCAGGUGGAGCCUGACAUACCCAGACUCAAGGUCUCGCUGACAAAGGUUCUACAAGAAUGGGGCUUAUCUCCUACCAUCAAGGAUGAUUAUAUCCAUGAAAUAUGUCGCUAUGGUUCCGCUGAGCUGCACACAGUCGCUUCAUUCCUAGGGGGCGCUGCAUCACAGGAAGUCAUCAAGAUCAUCACCGGUCAGUUUGUUCCUAUUAACAAUACUUACAUUUACAAUGCAAUGAAGCAGACGUCGAUCACGGUACAGUUAUGAUUGACAGUGUCAUUAGCUGUACAAACACAUGAUCACUGACCAAGGAAGUGUCACACAGAUUGUUGUGUUACUAUAGGGAGAUUAUCCCAACAACUACCGUGGAAGUGUCACACUGCAGAUUGUUACCAUGGUGACCGCUCAAUGAUAAACCUUAAUGAUAUCCCACAGUGCAUCAUUUACCACGGAGAUUGUUCAACAUUUAAAAGUACCAGGGAAUGUUUUACUGAUUGUGUCUGUUACCAUGGAUAUUGUCAAAAGAACUUGAACUGUUUCCAUGGAAAUCACAACAAAGUGUGUCUGUUACUGUUGUUACUUGAAGUUUUAAAUAUUUCAUAACAUUAAGAAAUCAGUGGAAGGUGUCUGUACUGUGGAGGAUGUGUAGGAGAGGGUUGUGGUACAGGCUAUUUAUUGUAGAUAAACCUGUCAGACCUGGUACAAUAGUGCCUGUAUGUACAGAGCUAGCACAUGUAAAAAGCUCUGCACCCUUUGAUAUUACUACAGACUGUUAACUAUAGAAACCUUUCAGACCUGGUACAAUAGUGCCUGUAUGUACAGAGCUAGCACAUGUAAAAAGCUCUGCACCCUUUGAUAUUACUACAGACUGUUUACUGUAGAAACCUUUCAGACCUGGUACAAUAUUAAUACUGCCUGUAUGUACAGAGCUAGCGCAUGUAACAAGCUCAGCACCCUUUGUUAUUAUUAUAUUUGUCUAAAGGAACAUAACGGGAACAAAUGUCGAAAAAUAAACAUCAGAAACGAUUUCAUGGCACUUGUAGAUGCCAUGAAAAAUUCAAAUACAUAAAACAUCAAUAAACAAACCACUGAAAUGUCUAAUCUGCUAUCUCUACCUCUGUCCCAUUACACCAUUAUUCUAGGCCACUUUUUCACGUUUGUCAUCAGCCCAAUAAUCAUGUUUAGUAAAUGAGCUGGAUGUAAAUGCAAUGGUAAUUCAUCAUGAUGACUAGCUGUUCGACAAUAAACAUGUAUCAGAACUGUCAUAAGACAAGCAGUGCUAUUAUACAAACAUAUGGACUCUUAAUUUAUUCUUUCCUGUCGUUUACAAAUUGUAACAUUUUCGUUUGUGUGCCUUUUUUUACUUCUGAAGGAGUAGCUACACUAAAUUUCUUUACUCGUAGAAUAUUCAUUCUACAAUGUGAUGUUGACAGUUGUGGAUAUGAGACGGAUAAUAGAAUUAUAUCCGUGCUUUAAACAUCGUUGAUCUUCAACAAAAGAUUACAUGUACAUCAUAGAACACGCAAGCUUGUGAUUUUUUGAAAUAAAAAAAAUUGUCUC